AGAAAAUCUCACUCACUUCUAAGAAAUGAGUUUGAAAGGUAAGUUGAUUGCUCAAAUAGAGAUGAAGUGUGCAGGAGAUUUGCUUCAUGAGCACUUCAAAUCAAAUCCACACCAAACAUCCACCAUGUCUCCUGAUAGAGUAACUAACUUCACAUUGCAUGAUGGUCAAUUGGGAAAAACUAACUCUGUUAUUAGCUGGAAAUAUAUCCUUGGGGGGAAAGAGCGGCAUGCCAAACAGGUCUUUCACAUAGAUGAUGCAGAAAAAUCAAUCACCUACCAUUUUAUUGAAGGACAUAUGAAUGAAUUAUACAACUCAAUGAAACUUACAUUAACCGUAAAGGAAAACUGGCUUACUUGGACUAUUAUGUAUGAGAAAUUGAAUGAAAAUAUUCCGGAGCCCCUUGACUUUAUGGAGUUCAUUAUUGGCCUCACCAAGGACAUUGCGACUCACCAUGUCGGAAAAUAGAUCUCAGUCCCCAUUCCCAAUAGCAAGAUGAUGUAUUAUUACUAUCCUAAAUCCUUACGAAUAAAUAAGACUAUUUGUGUGAUAAAUGUU